AUGCUGGCGCCGCAGCAUGGACCACGGCUUGUGUGGUUUGGACUCUGGAGCAUCUGCUUGAGGUCCAGCGCGACAGAUGUCCAGUGGCAGAUCUCCAUCGCCUGGGAGGACGAGAACUGCGAUGCUGUGUGCGCUUCGAACGGGCUCGCCUGCACCGAGGCCUGCUGGCCGAACACAGCUCGCGGCCUGGAAAACGCUCUGAGGUCGUCUGGGCUACAUAGCACUUGCUUCGGCGUCGAGGCUGGAAGCCCAAAUCCAUGGCAUCCAGCGAAGGAUCCCGAGAACACCAUGUGCUACUGGUUUGGUGGCCAUACUGCCUCGGAGGCCCCACGCUGUCCGCUCACCCCCGCGACGCCAGCGGCGAUGCUGGAGAACUCCCGGGUGAUUCGAAGGCUCUGCCCCUGCAUCAGUGGCAACAGCACCUAUGGUUGGCUGGAUUGUGGUUUGGACGGCGAGCCGAUGGAUCCUGCACCCACAGCUUUGGGAUGGAUUGACGACCGUGCCGCAACGACGACUUCGCAGCCGACGCCAAUCAUUAUCCCCCCAGGGGAGCAACAACCGGCGCCAGCUCCACCACAGGUCAUGCCCGGCGUUCCAGCUUGCCAGGAACUUUGCGUGGCCGGCUUUGCUGGAGAGGAUGAGUUCCUCAACGGCCGGUACGUUCGCCUCAAUGGCGAGUCGGGGAGAUUGGCAUUCUGGUCCAAGUUCGGCGGCCUCCCAGACCUCUCAGACGGUCGCUUGCAGCGCGGUGGGGAUGGCGUCUGGAGAUACUACAGCGUCAGCUCCAGGGCGAACACAUCCAUCGGCGAGGGCACCUUAAAGACUGCGGAGAGUGAUAUCCCGCAGGAUGACUAUGUGCUCACGCCGACGGGUGGGUAUCAAGUGGAGUAUCAAUGCUGUCCUCAGACGAGCCAGAGUCCGACCAUUCUCGGUGGCCAGGAGGACACGCGAACUCCUGCGGUGCAGGACACGCUGAUGAGACCGAUUAUGGCAGCGCUGAUCGGUGGCGCUGCUCUGCUCUGUGUACUGCCCGCAAUCGUGUUUUUGGUCUACAGGUGGCGGCCGCGGGUGCUUCGAAAGCGGGCCUACCAGGAGUUCCAGAGCGAGCAGAGCAAAGGCAGUGCUACGGUUUCCAGAGAUCCGGAGAAGGACCUGACAGGGAAGAUGAGCAGACUGGCGGAGCAGGCGCAUGCAAAGCAAGCCAUGAUGCCCGCGGCUGCAGGUCUCAGAGCAAAAGCUUCGGUGCCCACAUCCGCGCCUUCGGCUGACGGUAUGCUGCUGCCGAACACCUUGCUGCCGAACCCAAAGAAAGGGACCGCGAGUGCGUCAGCAGUUGCGGAUGUGCUUGGCAAAUCCUCCACGAUGUCGCAAGAGGGCAUCUACGAGGUCGACAACUUCGAAGUACCCGGGUCCUGUCGCGGUGCCUCCUCCGCCGAAGUGGGCAUCUGGCCAGCAUUCGGUUUCAAUACAGUUACAGCCGGCUCGAUUGCACAUUGGCAACUUCUAGUCCUGGUUUGCUACGAUCUCCUCCACCUCUUCUUCACGGGCCUCGGCUUGCUGCUCCAGCUUCCGGUGGUGGAGUCGCCGCCUCCUGUGCAGCCAUCUCCUGAGCAACUCGGGAUUCCCGACGGGGUCUUUGAAACAGAAGGGAAGGCGCUGAAGCAGAUUUCGCUCCUUGAAGUUGGUCUUGGUCUGCUUGUUCUUGGUGCCUUUGACCUUGCGGCAACCACCCUGAAGCACACACCAGUUCGGUUCCGCGCGUUUGUUCGUGCAACUGACGAGCCCAUCCUUCUUUCGGCGUUGCUGUUACAGAUUGGAGACAAGUGGGUUGGCAAAGCUGUGCCGAGUACCACAGUAAACUUAGACUUGACGCCUUCGGCUGUGCUCAGGGUUGCUGUGUACCGCGACGAAUGGGAAGGGCCUUGGAGUCUGAUGACCCAGAAGCCGAUUCGGGCCAUCUUGGAGGUUGUGGCUCCAUUGCGAACCUGCUCCCGGGUGGGGUGCACAUGCGAUGAGUGGCAUGGGGUUGCGGCUCCUGGUGAUCCGCCAGCCCUUCUUGAAGUGUGGGCUCGUGCCUUCCUCAGUGGCACCUUCAAGGUCGUGAGCCCGAGUGAGGCGGUCCUCUUCAACACCUUUGUCCGAGUGCCUGUCUCUUUGGUACCUGCCCUGCUGCGUGUGGCAGGUCGAGCUGGGGUCUACUUCGAGCCGCGAGCCGUGGAUUCCCGGGCCCCGUCUCCUGAAUACCAGGUGUUCUGGAUGGCGAAGGCAUCCAAACAAGAGGUUGUGGUUGCUGCCCAGUCCCAGGACAAAGCAAUCGGCAUUGCCCGCAUUGGCCCGCGCUUUGGACUGAGGUGUUUGAGUGAGCAUGCUGAAGCUCUUCAUGGAGUGAUCAAGCCCGGGACCCCGUAUGUCGAUCGUCAGACGGCGAAGUUGUUUCACACCGGACCUUGGCCUUUUGGCACUCAGAGGCGAGCCCUGGCCUCUUCGCUCAAGGAUUGGGGCUGGCACGUCAAGCCUAUGCAGCCUGUACCAGGUCAGGAGCGUCUUGGUGUUUGGUGGGCUGUGCAAGCCACCGAAGCUCCGCCUGCGAAGGUUCUUCAACUCAACAAUGCUGAGGUCCUGGUAGUUGAGGUCAAACCCGCAACCGCAAAGCCAGAUGUACCUCCGCAAGUGAUUGCCACCAAGGCAGUGUGUCGCUCCCUAGCAGUGCAAAACACUUCAGGCCCGGAUCCUUUGCAGGAGGAUGACCCGUGGGCUUCCGCUUUGAGGGCUCGGGCCCACACUGCUGCUGCGCCGGCGGCUGGUCCUGGUGAGGCGACUAAAGCCAUGGAGGCCAGGUUGCAGGCCCAAAUCAAGGCUCAGAUGGAGGAAGUGUCGAAGAAUUUUUCAGGUCGUGUGCAAAGCCUGGAAGUGGGUGUCCAGAAGCUGGAGGUGGGAUUCUCAGCGGUGUCGUCCAAGGUGGACCAGCAGGAAACCCGGCUGACGGAGGCGAUGAAUCAGUUGUUUGAGCGUCAAACUUUGAGGAUUGAGGAGCUCCUGGCGCCGAAGCGUGCGCGGCGUGUGUUGAUCGCCCUUCCUAUCCUCUACAUGGGACCGGCCAUGACCUUUGGGGCGUUAGUUGUCUGCAAGGGUGCGAUUCUGGGUGGGCCCAAAGUCGCGCCUGCACCUGGCCAAUGGUACAAGCCAUUAUCUCGAAUCUGGUCUUUCCUCCUUUUGCUGCCGCUCGGACACUCUGAGUCUUUCGCCCUUCGUGAGCUGAGCAAACCGCCUGUCCUGGUCCAGCUUGGAACCUUGUCUGCGCCGCCCCAGAUGGGCCUCGCUUUUGUGGCCUUGCCCUUCUUGCGUGUUCAAUUGGCGUCCUUCCAGUGUUUCAGCUACUGGGGCGGUCACCUCGGGCGCCGAAUUGCCAUCAAAACGGUUCUCAAUGGCGUGUGUUCCAGCUACUGGGGCGGUCACCUCGGGCGCCAAAUCGCCAUCAAAACCAUUCUCAACGCCUAUGUGGGAUGCCGAAUUGUCAUCAAAACGAUUCUCAACGGUUCCCGCUACUGGGGCGGGCACUUUGGGGCCGGAGUUGCGGCCACGUCGCCUUCCUUAUGUGCCGAGGCCUUGACAAUCUGCCUUAUGUUGUGGUACCGUGUGGUCCGAGGCCUCCUCUGGACGCAGGCAAACUUGCACUUUGGUCUUGCCCCUGUGUUCGCGUUGGUGAAGCCCGUAAUCCUGGACCGCCUCAUUCUCCGGACUUGCCAGUCUUUCGAAUUGGUGCCUGCAAUCCCACAGGGCUCAAUGGCAAGCAUGGGGUCGUUGCUGACCUGCUGCCGGGGAUUUACAGUAUUUGUGUCUGGGCCACCUGUGCUCCCACGCGCCCGCAGCUCUGUCACUGGUCAAUAUUCGGGUGUUGGCUUCCUCUCCUCCUUCCCGGCCCGUGCUGCCCCGCAUGCCAUUGACCCGGAGUACAUUGCCACAUCACGCAUUCACCUGGCCAAUUUCUUUGUCGGAGCUGAGUGGAUGUUGGGUGCUGUGGUCUACGGUUUCCCUGUGCAGCCAAGUGCUACCGAGCAGUUGCUUCAUGCCGUUACCGAACGGAUUCUCAGUAAUGGGGUGGGCCCGAGAUUCAUCGCUGGCGACUUCAAUAUUGAGCCCCAUGCCUUGACUUUGAUGCCGCUUUGGCGACGGCAUGGCUUUGUUGAAAUCCAAGACCUGUGGCAUGCCAGGCAUGGAGUUUUGCCGGUGCCCACGUGCAAGCGCAAGACGCGCAAGGAUUUUUUGCUGAUUUCUCCGGAACUCCAGGAGCUCCUGCUGGAUGUUCAGGUUGACGACACCUGGUUCGCUGAUCACUCCCUGCUCCUUGCUUCCUUUAGGAUUACCAGGCCCUCUGGCAUGACUGGGAACGGCAGGCCAUCCGGGUGUGUAAAAGCCAAAGAGUCGCAUUCCCUGAACCGUGCCUGUGGGCGAGCUGCCACCAAAACCGCUGUCCCUGUGAAAACUCGGCAGUGCCCUGUCCAUGCUGGUCGCAAUGGAGAGUGUUCACCCGGUUACUUUGGGCAUGAUCGCACAUAUGCUGCUUGGUUUCGCCAGCUGCGGCGACUCCAGUCCCUUGUGCAUGCUCUUCGGAAACACUCGCCUACUGAUGGGGCGGUUGAGUACAGAGCAGGCCUUUGGCAUUCCAUCAUUUCUGCUACGGGCUUUCGUCAUGGAUUUCGUGCUUGGUGGCCACUACGGAAAAUCAGGCAACCGUCUGAUCCUGACACCUGCCCAGCCACUCUCCCAGCCUUGGACUUGGCGCAAGCCCUCCUCGAUUCCUUCCAGAGAAAUGUUGCGCAGUUUGAACGUGACCUUCAGCGUGACAGGAGGCAAGCAGCUGCUGCCCGACGUGCUUCCAACCCAUCUGUGAUCUUUCAGGAUCUUAAAAAGGAGCAGGCUCAACCGGUUGAUACCCUGGUCCUCAAAACGGUGGCUGUUGUGUCGGAGGUCUGUCACGAAGACUCGCAUCUGAAGCUCAAGUCUGAGACUAGUUGGAGGAGUGAGCAGGGUUUCUUCCUCAAUGGGCGACCGUUGGAAGUGUUCCAUGCUGAACCCGAUGUCGUCUGGGCUUCAACUGAGGGCGUGCAGGCUGGUGAUGUGGUCAGCCAGGAACGCCCCUUGGCGUCCCUCCAUGAAGUGUUCCAAGCGUUCGCUGAUGAGUGGCAGAAGCGCUGGCUCCGGCAUGAAAACGUUGACCCCGCUACCUGGCGGGCUCUCACUGAAGGAGUGGCGCUACCAGCCUUGCGUUCAUACCCCUGGCGUCCUCUCUCUGCGGAAGAAUGGAUGCGUGCUGUCAGGGCAAAGCACUGCAGGUCAGCUACCGGGCCGGAUGGUGUGUCAAAGCUUGACUUGCUGGCCUUAACUCCUCCGUUUGUUGACAGGCUCCUGGGCAUUGUGGCCCGUGCUGAGGAGACGGGCCGAUGGCCUCAACAGAUGCUGAACGCCACCGUGGCCAGUGUUGAGAAGGUGCCUGAGGCUGAACAGGUCUCUCAGUUCCGGCCGAUUUGUGUGCUCCCACUUCCGUACAGGACUUGGAGUUCACUCCGGGCUCGCACCGCUCUUAAGUUCCUCUCGGAGUUGGCGCCAGCGGAGCUUACAGGUGGCAUGCCAGGCAAGUCAGCGACUGGUGUGUGGUAUGACUUGCAGCUUGCUCUUGAGGAAGCCCAUGAUCUCAACAGGCCACUGGUUGGUGCACUGUUUGACCUUUCGAAAGCUUUUAAUACGCUUCCCCGGACGCCCAUCUUUGCGAUGGCCCUGAGGCUAGGUUUUCCGGAAGCUCUCGUCCGAGCAUGGAGUGGUGCCGUGACGUGUAUUGCUAGGCGCUUCAAGGUCAGAGGGGCGACAGGGCCCCCAAUCCUGUCGGUGACUGGGUUUCCCGAAGGAUGUGCCAUGUCUUGCGUGGCGAUGGCUAUCGUUGACCUUGCCCUGCACUGGCAUGUUGCGCGAGCGGAUCUUCAGCACUGCCUCACUUCCUUUGUUGACGAUUGGCAGGUGCGUGAGUGCUCGCCUGCGAGGGUUCAGCUGGCUGUUGCGAUGGUCACUGAGUUUGUCCGUGGGUGGGACCUCACCAUGGACCCCCGUAAGACCGUGUUCUGGGCGUCCCGGGCUGAUCACAGACGCCAGCUUCGCCGUCAAGGUCUACCAGUUGAGAACUCUGUUCGCAACGUUGGGGGGCAUGUAAGCUUCAACCGCCGAUGUACCAAUGCUACUGUGCAAGCUCGGAUUGAGGGCCUGGAGGGACUGUGGCCGCGACUUGCGGCCUCUUGGGCGCCUCGCAACCAGAAGGUUAUGGCGCUCAAGGUCGCGGCGUGGCCUGCUGCUCUCCAUGGGAUUUCCGGAGUGUGCCUUAGCCUUGCCCGCUUCGCUGCCCUUCGAUCUGCUGCCGUGCAAGGCCUGCGGUUGGAUCGUCCAGGCCUCAAUCCGAUGAUCUACCUGGGCAUGGUGGAGUUUCCACUUGCUGACCCGCAUUUCUUUGCGAUCUGGAGCACCUUUCGUGAUUUGCGUGUACAUGCUGCGCGGGAUUCCUUUGUACCGCUGUUGGCGUCCCUCUUGUCCAAAGAAGGGUCGCGAACACCUGGGCCUGCCGGGGUGUUCUUGGAGCGUGUGGCGCUCCUGGGCUGGCGCUGGGAUAUCCAAGCUGAAAUGAUUGAGGAUAGCAUUUCAUGUUUUGACCCAUGGGCCGUCUCUCCGCAGGAGCUCCUUUUCCGCCUUACCUUUGCCUGGCAGCGUGCAAUUGGAGUUGAACUGGAAAAAAGAGACGGGUUCCAGGGCCUGAGCCAAGCCGACCCUGGUGAGACGCGCCGACUGCAGAAGAACUUUGCUGCGGAAGACAGGCUCAACCUUGCACUUGGCCUCAGUGGUGCUUUCUACACGCAGGAUGCUCUGCACCAUUUCUCUGACAAUCCUGAUGACGAUCGUUCCUGCCGUUUCUGUGGCCAGGCCGAUGGAGUCAAGCACCGGGUUUGGUAUUGUCCUCAUUUCCGGGAACGUUGCGGCCCUGCUUCCUUUCCAGAUGUGGAUGUGGCUACGUUGGCACCGGCCCAGUCGCUCCGGGGAUGGGCCAUGCGGCCGCGGGGAGUGCUGCAGCUCUGGAGAAAACUGGCGGCUUUGCCUGAUCGCUCGGCUACUGUCCUUUGUGAGGCCCCGGCGGCCGUGGAACUUGAUCUCUUUACGGACGGCUCCUGCAAGCACCCUGCUGAGCCCAAUCUUCGGCUUGCCUCGUGGGCAGUGAUCAUAGCUGCAGUCCCUGGCACGGAGCCUAUCACUGCGGCGGGUGCGGCCUUACCUGGUGUGGUGCAGACGGCCUUCCGGGCUGAAAUCACGGCGGUCAUUGCGGCAUUCCAGUGCAUGCUGCAGUGGCAGAGGCCGGCGCGAAUUUGGUCGGACUGUGCAGGGGUUGUCCGCUGUGUGCUACGAAUCCAGAAGGGUACCUUUCGGUGCACCCCGUCGAAGGCGAACUUUGACUUGUGGAAUGCUCUGCAGGAGUUGGCACGGCGGGUCCCGCCAGGAUGGACGGUCCAUAAGGUGGCUGCUCAUGUCGCGACAACGGAUCGGGCAUCGAUGGUGGACGACUGGGCCUGCUGGAACAAUCAAGCGGCUGACCGGGAAGCCCUGCGGACCAACAUGGAUCGUCCGCCUAGUUUCUGGUUGCUUUGGCGCGAGGUGUGCAGAGAUCAGGCGCUACAGACCCUGCGCGGCCGUGCUGUGUUGCAUCGCUUGCGAGCUAUCGCGCGGGUUGCCACACAGCCGGAGGCGAAGGCUGACAAUGCGGUCGAGGAGGCUCCAGCUCGGGUUCCAGCUCUUCCUGACCUUCGUCUACCGCUUCCACGUGCCCUUGAGCGAUAUGGAGCACCUUUUGUGCUUGCCCUUCAUGCAUGGUUGGGCUCUAAGAUCAGACGUGACUGCCCUGGUCGAUGGAUCCCUUUCCUGCAUUUGUACCUCUUGUUUGAGCAUCAGGUUGGUAUUGUGCCGCCGGUCUUUGAUAAGACCACCAGGACAUGGAAGACAUCCCGACGAGGUGACUUUUCGGUGGGGCUUUUGGACUUACCUGAGCGAGUGCGGCUUUUUCGCCAACAGGUGCGGGCGUUGAUUGCUCAAGUGGGUGGUUUCUUGCAGGCAGCUGAGGUUCGGCCGUUCUCGGCUACGCUGUUGGUGAAGCUACCCUCGGUUUAUAUACCUUGGUCGCAAGAGGAGUUCGAUCUACUGGCCCUGGCCAUCAAGUGCCGUUCUGCCGUUACUGCCGAGCAGCACUGUCCCCAGAAAGGGCUGACCCAGCUGAACCCAAUUUCCCAACGGCGUGGCGCGAAGCGCAGAAAGGCUUCAUGUUCAUUGGUGACGGCAGACUGUAUACAGCUCAAGGCAGUGCGUGGCUUGGGCAGAAAGAAACAUUGGUUUCUCGACAUCGGCUCGUCAGACACCACACAGGGUCGCGAGUUCAAGCGCAUGUGGUACUCGGUUGAGUGGCUGAAGUUCAUGCAACAAGAACGCCCGGACCCAAAUGGGAAGAAUGGUUUCUCCGAAGCACCCGCGCAUUUUGUGACCGGUGUGACCAGAUGGUGUGAGGAGGCCGGAGAAUUGCAGCGAGCCACGUCCGGGGACCUGGCGGCCGUGGAUAAGCCUCAGGAAUUGGUAGAGGAGCUGAGAAAGCGCCGCAAGAGAGAGGUAAGCAUCGAGUGGCACCGGAAGUACGUGAAGAAGGGUGUGCUCCGAGACCAGAACAAAUCCAGAGCUUCCCCACCGGAAUCCGCUCCAGACGAUGCGAAGCCGGACGAUGCGAAGCCGAGCGAUGCGAAGCCGGACGAUGCCGUGAGCAGGGACUUCAGGCCAGCCUUCCUCGGCAGUGCUGACCCGCCAGACGCAGUUUCGCAGGGCCCUUGUCAGUAUCGUGCCCUCGACGAGAGUGAGUUCCAGCGGUUCAUGGCAGGCGAAAACCUGUCGCUUGUUUCGGCCGGCUUCCGAGAAGAUGACACAGACAUCGAAUUGCCGUCGCAGUGGCAAUCGAAAUUGUCCGUGAUCAAGAAGCUGGGCGAGGGCUCCUUCGGGAAGGUCUUUCAAUGCAGGGUGCUCUGCGAGACAUACAAGGAGAUCUAUGUGUCUGUCAAGCUCAUCGUGAAGAAGGAGCCCAUUGUGAGGAAGGAAAUCCAGGUCUUGGAGGGCAUGCGCGGUGUCUCAGACUACUGCAUUUCGGCUGUUGGUGAGCCGCCAUUCAUCGACAACCGCGAUGGCUAUUGGAUUAUGAUGCCAUACAUGAACGGCGGGGAGCUUCACGACUUCCUGGCAAAGUGUCGCAGAAAUGGGGCAUGCAUCCAGGGGGACCGCGAAGGCCGCAAAGACUGGACGCAAGUGGACCCUGUUUUCACCACGUCCUACCUCCUCGGACUCUUCCACGACAUGGUUGCAGGGGUGCAGGCUCUCCACGAGAAAGCGGGACUGCUCCACAUCGAUCUCAAGCCAGCCAACGUCAUGCUGAACUGUGAGUGGGGGAACAAGCGGCCCAGCAGCAGGUUCAGGGUUUAG